AGCUGUACUACUACUAGUUACUAGACUAUUAGCUGUUCUACUACUACUACUAGACUCUAGUACUUCUACGGGACAGACAGACUACUGGGAUACGUAAGUUAACUCCUCGCGUUGCUAUGUUAGCUAACCGCUAGGUGUCCUGUUAACAGACCCGUUAGCUUCAUGUUCUGUCCUCUCUUUCUGUAGGUUUUGUUUCAGCAGACAUGGCAGGAGCAGCAGUUCUCUCUAACCAGAAUGUGGUGGCGAGGGUGAGCAGCCUUCCUCUGGUGAGCUCCACCUACGGCUUGGUGUCCAGCAUGUACUCCACCACCAAGGACAACCACCCUUACAUCAGGACUGUGUGCGAGGCGGCGGAGCAAGGAGUCCGGAGCAUCACCUCCGUGGCCCUCACCACGGCUUCACCCAUCCUCGGCAAGCUGGAGCCUCAGAUUGCCAUUGCCAAUGACCUGGCCUGUAAAGGGUUGGACAGGAUUGAGAAUACCUUGCCAAUUCUCAACCAGCCACCUGAGCAGAUUGUCUCCAGCGCCAAGGGCGUGGUAACCAGCGCCAAAGAUACCGUGACAGACCGAGUGUCUGGUGCCAAGGACACUCUGAGCAGCGUGGUGGAAAUGACCCGGGGUGCGGUGCAGGACAGAAUGGACCGGACCAAGGCCGUCGUCAGCGGGGGGGUCAGCACGGUGCUGGAGAGCAGAGUGGCCCGGCUGGUGAGCAGCGGAGUGGACACGGCCCUCAGCACCUCGGAGAGUCUGGUGGAGCAGUACCUGCCUCUGACGGAGGAUGAGAUGGAGCUGGAGGCCAAAAUUGUGAAAGGCUUCGACAAGAACGAGCCGAGCUACUACGUCCGCCUGGGCUCCCUCUCCACCAAGCUCAGGAAGCGGGCGUACACCAGGGCCCUGACCAAAAUCCAAGAUGGCAAGCAGCGCAGCAUGGAAUACAUUUCUGAAGUGAACUCCACUGUUGACCUGAUUGAAUAUGGCAGGAAGAAUAUUGACGGGGCGAACCAGAUGGUAAACAACAGGCUUAACUCCCUAUUGGCGUGGAAGUCCAAUGGUCCAGACCAGGAGAACGGUCACGAGGCAGAGGUUGUAGAGUCUCGCACCUUGGCCCUGGCCCAGUCCCUCACUCAGCAGCUCCAGACCACCUGUCUGGUCCUCAUCUCCAGCCUGCACGGCCUCCCCACCCACAUCCAGCAGGAGGUGUUCUCCAUCAGCCGGUCGGCCACACAGAUCUACAGCAGUUUCAGCAAAGCCAUGGCUCUGGGGGACCUGCCGGACAGCGUGCUGCGCGGCAGCAAAGUCCAGCUCGGCAAAAUUAAAGACUCCCUAGACAACGUCAUGGAUUACCUGGUCAACAACACGCCGCUCAACUGGCUGGUAGGGCCCUUCUACCCGCGGAUGGAGCCCACUGCCAAAACUGCUACGUCUUCCAGCGCUCCCUCCACCUAGAGGGGCCCAUGCACGUCCAGAUGAAGCCACUACAUUCCCAGCAGUACCAGUGAUCCACUACGGUUUAAUGGUUUCAGUAAUGCAUUCUGCUUUGUCAGCAAAGAUGACCCUUAUUGAUAUAAAGUCUAUAGUUUCAUGUCAGUCAUGCUGUUUUAAAUUAAUGUUCAAUUCUUGCUGAAUCACUUGUUUCUAGUUAGCCAAUCUGGCAACGCCUAAUCCUGUACUUUCUACAUAAACUACUGGAAUUU